UUUCUUUCCCUUGGCGGAUCAGACGACGUUUUUACUUCCUCUUCCUCUUCGCAUUCUCCAAUCAGUGUUUGUUGUUUGUUUUGGGUGAAAAAAAUGAGCGGAGCGGGGAAGAAAGUGGCGGAAGUGGCGUUCAAAGCGUCGAGAACGAUAGAUUGGGAAGGGAUGGCGAAGGUCCUUGUCACCGAUGAGGCUCGAAGAGAGUUCUCUAACCUCCGUCGCGCUUUCGAUGAGGUCAACACCCAGCUCCAGACCAAGUUCAGUCAGGAGCCGGAACCCAUUGAUUGGGAUUUCUACAGAAAGGGUAUUGGCUCUGGCAUUGUUGACAUGUACAAGGAAGCUUAUGACAGCAUUGAGAUUCCUAAGUACGUGGACAAUGUUACCCCUGAGUACAAGCCCAAGUUUGAUGCUUUGUUGGUGGAACUGAAAGAAGCAGAACAGAAGUCGCUCAAGGAGUCUGAACGGCUAGAGAAAGAAAUUGUUGAUGUUCAAGAGAUAAGCAAAAAGCUCAGCACCAUGACUGCAGAUGAGUACUUUGAGAAGCACCCAGAACUCAAAAAGAAGUUUGAUGACGAAAUCCGUAACGACUACUGGGGAUACUGAUUCACCAUGUUGUAUCUCUCUGGCCUGGAAAAGAAACUCUUUUCUCUUUUUCUUUUGAUGUGAUUUUGUGAGAGUCGAUCCAUAUAACAUAAUAAGGACCACUCCAUUUACUUUGAGAUAUUCAUUGGAGAUCCAAUGAGACAAUGACGAUAAACCCAUUUGGUUUUCAGUUGUCAAUGUCAUAAUAUUGUUUGUUUC